AGGAUCCCGGAGGUCUCCCCCCCAUCCCCGUGCUGAGCACCUGGAGCGCAGGUGUGAGGAUGGGCCUGGCCGAGAUGCCCACCAAGGCUGCCCUCGGCAGAGGCGGUGGGAGGCAGUGGAGCUGGCCUCGGCACCGGGAGAGGCUGGACUUCCCGUCUCUCUGUGCUGAAUGGCUGCGAUGGCGCCCGCUCUCACUGACGCAGCAGCCGAAGCUCACCACAUCCGAUUCAAGCUGGCUCCCCCGUCCUCCACCUUGUCGCCUGGCAGUGCCGAGAGCAACGGCAACGCCAACAGCAUCCUCCUGGCCGCCAACGGCACCAAAAGGAAAGCCAUCGCUCCGGAGGAUCCCGCUCUAGAUUUCCGAAGCAACCCGACGAAGGAAGAGCUGGGCAAGCUGCAGCCGCUGGUGGCCUCUUAUCUCUGCUCGGAUGUAACAUCUGUCUCUUCAAAAGAGCCUCUGAAGCUGCAAGGAGUCUUCAACAAGCAGACAGUCCUUAAAUCUCACUCUCUCUUAUCUCAGUCCUUCUUGAAAACGAGCGAUCUGUUGGGGAGGCAACCGGUGUUGGAAUUCACUUUGGAGAACCUAAAAACAAUGAGUGCUAACAGCCAGCCACCUCUCCCGCAAGCGCCUGUGAACGGCUUGGCCAAGAAACUGGCCAAAAGUACCAAUUCAGACCAUGAAAACUCUAGUUCCCUGAACGGUGGGAAGUGUGCUCCUCCUCCUGCCGCCCUCCAGACUGUUGACUAUAACACGGGAGGCUCCGAGCUGGGGGACUUGAAGAGCGGGUUGACCAAUUGCACCCUUCCACACAGAAGCCUCGAUGCAGAGCACACGACUCCCUUUAGCAAUAACAGCACCGCAAAUAAAUCUUCCCUCAAUUCCCCGGAGCAGCAGUGGGUGCUGGAGGGCGGCAGCGGAGAGACCCGGUUGCCCGGCGUCGCCGGCCGCUCCGACCUGCGGGGCGGCAAGUUGGAGGAGCAGAAACCUCCCCUGCUGGCUGGACACCACAGCGCCCUGGACUCUGAGAUGAGGACGAGGGCGCUGCUCCGACGGCAGGCGGACAUCGAGAGCAGAGCCCGCCGGCUGCAGAAACGCUUGCAGGUGGUGCAGGCGAAGCAGGUGGAGAGGCACAUCCAGCAGCAGUUGGGUGGCUUCUUGGAGAAAACGCUGAGCAAGCUGCCGGCUUUGGACCCGCUGAGGCACCGGAGCCAGCUGAUGCUGACCAGGAAAGCAGAGGCGGCCCUGAGGAAAGCUGCGAGCGAGACAGUCACCUCGGAGGGCCUGAGCAACUUCCUGAAGAGCGAUUCGAUAUCGGAGGAACUGGAGAGGUUCACGGCCAGUGGAAUGGCCAACUUGAGAUCCAGCGAGCAGGCCUUCGACUCGGAUGUCACUGAGAGCAGCUCGGGAGGAGAGUCGGACGUUGAGGAGGAGGAACUGACCAAAGCAGACCCAGACCAGCCCCACGUGCCACUGAGGCGAAGGGCAGAGUGGAGAUGGGCAGCAGACCGUGCAGCCAUCGUCAGCCGCUGGAAUUGGCUCCAAGCCCACGUCUCGGACCUGGAAUACCGAAUCCGGCAGCAAACGGACAUCUACAAGCAGAUCAGAGCCAACAAGGGGCUGAUAGUUCUUGGUGAGGCGUCACCCCCUGACCCUGCAGUAGAUGAUUCGUCCCGUCCUCUUCGAGCCGAAGUGAAGCUGGAGCCUGGGGCUGACCGGCUGAGCGUUUCUGGAUCCCAGCCACUAGAAAACUUGGGUAUUUCUGCUGCAAAUACUCCUGAAUCCCAUCCCACCAAGCCCUGUGGAGCACCAAGACCCGUCAAUGGAGUUAUUAACACUCUUCAGCCUGGCCUGGCAGAACACGCUCAGGGAGAUGGCCAGGAAGCUGAGGAGCUCUUGCAUAAAAAGCAACGACUGAACCUGGUUGCUGCCCCCUCGGACGGGACUUGUGUCGCCGCUCGCACCCGCCCCGUCCUGAGCUGCAAGAAGCGACGGCUCGUCCGCCCCAGCACCAUCAUGCCCCUUUCCAAAAAGGCCCACCGGAACAACCUGGCGUGCUGCAGCUGUGACGUGAACCCCUCCUGUGCCCUGUGUGGCACCCGCAGCUCCACCACCCUGGAGAUCCAGUACGAUGCCCCUCUCCUGGAGCGCCUCUCCCAGCUGGACUCCUGUAUCCAUCCUGUCCUGUCAUUCCCAGAUGAUGUGCCGACGAGCCUGCACUUCCAGAGCAUGUUGAAAUCCCAGUGGCAGAACAAACCCUACGAGAAAACUAAACCUCCCAAAAAGCUGUCGCUCAAGCACAGAGCCCCCCUGCCCACCAGCCUGGCAGACCCUGCCCGCAAGGACCGCCACAAGCUGGUCAACUCCUUCUUCACCGCAGCCAAGCGCUCCCAUCAAAAAGCCCAAGCAGACAAGGCACACAGGCCGCCUUUAGACGAUUUUUCGGCCGUGGCCAAGGCCGAGAGAGCGCCAGAGCGCUCUGCCCAGCCCGCUGCCCCUGACAAAAAGAGGUUGCGAGACUGCUCAUCUGAGAGGAGUGAAGUGCUGAAGCAUCACCCGGACGUCGGCGGCCCGAGCUACUUGUCGGCAGCUGUGACCCCCACCCCUCACAGCCCCAUAGCUCGGCAACUCUCCACCUCCUCAGAGGGCUCAGCUCCCACCAGCUCAGCCUCCCAGGGCUCCUCCAGCACCGCCGUGAGUAUCCCCUGCCUUUCUGGAAGGGUCUCUGUGCUCAACUCCAUCCCCAGGGCUUGGCUUUGGAGCAGUUCUUCGGCCGUGCAGCCCUGGGAGCGACGAACCUUCCCGCUGUCCUACGACCCCCGGACAGAGUGCGAGGACCAAUCCGACCCCCAGGACCGGUUGUCGCGCUGCACCCGCCGCACGUCGGGCAGUAAAUCCUCCCGGGAAUGCGAUGGCACUUCGGCUUCGCCCAGCCUGGCCAGCCUCAAGAGCCGAACCCCGCUGGCCCCUCCCUCCUCCUCCUCCUCCUCCUCCUCCUCUUCCUCCUCCUCCUCCUCCUCCUGCUCCGCAGUCCUGCGGCCAGCGCACAGAUAGAGACACACGGGGAGAACAUGAGCAAACCAACACACAGAACUAACUCUUGGCAUUAAAGCUUCCAAAAUCUGCGUUUGAUAUUCAAA